UGCAGCUGCUGGUCUACCCUCUCUGGUAAAAACAAGACGUGAAAAGGGACAAUGUAAAACUAAGUAAUAAUCAAGUUCUUAAAAAGCUGUGUCUGAUCAUAUGGACACGUAGCCUCCUAUGGACCAAUUGAAGUGAGCACGAUUAGUGGAGCAACACGAACGUUUUGGAUUGAAGAAUGCCACAGUGACCGGCAGAGAAGGCCAGACCCCAUAAAGAAACCAGUUAAACAUCAAUUGUUCAUCAAUGGAGGCUCUUGAUCAGUCUGAGCACUUGGCAUCGCCCCAUAAUGUGAAGAAGGAAGACUGGGACAACAUGGGUAGCACAGACUCCGAAGCAGAAUUAUCCAUGCCGGGGCCUAUCAAAUUAGAGUCUGAUAUAAGUUUUUUCUUUUCGGAUCAGAACUUACACAGAAAAGGUACUGGUUGUAGUAUUGGUAGUGCUGAAAAUGAAUAUAAUCAUUUUGACAUUAAAACUGAGAUAAAGUCAGAGCUGACCAUAGACGAGUAUGAGCCUUCAGAACUUGCCAGAUGGUUUAUGGACCCCCUAGAGGACAAUGCUACACCUAAAGAGGAAAGUGAUGUGGUCAACAUCAGCAUCAGUGAUGUUCAGAAGGAUGCAGAGGCCAGUAUGAAUAAACAGAGUCUGGAGGAAACACGGGGAGUGAAAUGUGACAGUGAAGGGCUGAUACUGACUGAACCAGAGAAGUCACACCAAGAUGGGCGUGUUUGCCAUGUCCUGAGAUACAGCUCCACAGCACAAAGUCCUGCAGGAGAUGUUGAUCAAACAGACCCACUACCUGAACUCUGUUCCUCUCUCCAAGAGGAGAGUGAUGAGGUCAGCCUCAGCAGCAGUGAUGUUCAGGAGGAUGGAGAGGACAGUGAUAAUAUAGAGGGUCUGGAGAAAACACAGGGAGCUGAGUGUGACAGUGAAGGGCUGAUACGGAUCUCCAAAAGUAAAAGCACUGACAGGGACAAAGGGGAUUAUACCUGCUCAACCUGCGGAAAAGCGUUCAACUGCAGUUCUAGCUUAUGUAGACACAGGAAGUUGCACACAGGAGAGAAGCCACACGUCUGCCAUCUGUGUGGAGUAAGCUUCUCCCGCAAAUACCACCUUGACAGGCACAUGCAGAUUCACACUGGCAAGGUGAAAAUUCGCAGCAGAAGGGACAGAGAGCGAAGCUAUUCGUGUGACUUGUGUGAGAAGAGCUUCUAUCACAUCGAUACGUUGCAGGAGCAUCGAAAAAGGCAUUCGGAGUUCCGGCCCUUCAAGUGUGACCAGUGCAACAAGGACUUCAAAGUUAACUCAGACUUCCUGAAACACCAACAGACGCACACGGGUUUGAAGCCACACGUGUGCAAAGAUUGUGGACAGGGCUUCACCAGGGCGCACAGCCUUCACAAACAUCUGCGUGCACAUACUGGAGAGAUGCCUUUCAGUUGCUCUCACUGCCAAAAGAAAUUUCGGACAAGAUGGGGACUGACAUGUCACCUGAAAAAAUGCACAGAUUAACAACUUCUUCAUGUAGGCCUACCUGUAGACACAGGACGGAAACCCCACAGCUGUCCACACUGCCCAAAAAGAUGUAGGUGGGAAAAUGAACUAAAAAAGCAGAUGGAAAAAUGUUUCAAACAACAUUUAAAUGAGUGAUGAGGUUUUGUUGUAUUGGGGGUUUUUUUUACCAAAAAGUUUUCAAUGAUAAGAGCUGUAAUGAUGCUUACACGUUGAAUCCGUUGUCCUGUCGUGAAUAUAGUGGUAUAAUUGGUCAUAGAAGAACAUGGUAAAUGAUAAACUUGUUUAAGUUAUCCUGCAGAAACUUGUAAACUUGCAAUAGAUAACAUACAGUAGGCUGAUUAUGAAUAUUAAGGACCGCAAGCUCUUUUUUAAAUCUCCUGGUUAAUGUCACCUGGAGUGCCUCCAAAUUACGCUUUGGUAAACCUUUCACAUCCCUCGGGUUCUCUCACCACGGCAGACAUUGCACAUUUCAACUGUUGUUUUAAUUUCAGAUUAUGGAUGUACGACUGCAGAUGUAUGGGCAUAGUGUGAGGACAUCAAAUGGUGUGUAAGAGAAAAUAAGAGACAGAAGGUUGUUAAACACUCAAAAUGCAGGGACUGACAUGGCAUGGCAAAAGAAGAAAUGUACAGAUGAGCAACCUCUUCAUCAGUGUUGGGAGUAACUAGUUACAUAAGUAAUUAAAUACUGUAAUGCUUUACUUUUUGCUGUAACUAAGUAAUGUAAGGCAUUACAGGGAGGAAAAGCUGUAAUAUUUACUAGUUACAAAUGCAAGGUGGGGUUGCAGGUUAUGACAUCACGUUGGGGUAACUCCCCCAGGAUUCUAAGGUUCUACAUAGACUCCUAUGAGCCUGCGGAACCCCCAACGUGAUGUCAUAAUAGUACAUUUUCUUAAAAUGGUUAACCUGCAACCCCACCUUUAAGUUACAAUUUAUUUUACUGUAACUUGGAUUUUGAUGUUUUUCAGUGUGGUGGGUCUGAAGCCAUUCCUGAACCUGCUACUUUUUAGUCUGCAUGCUGCCGAAGCACCUCCUGGAUAGGAGGUGAAAUAGCCAUGACUCAUGAGCUACAUUUACACUGUAAAUUGCGAGACCAUAUUCAGAUAUUUUGGCGAGAGUAACUAAAGUAAUUUUAAUGCCUUACAUCAGGGGCCCCCAAACUAAGGCCCGGGGGCCGGAUGCGGCCCGCCAGACCCCUUCGACCGGCCCUCUACCUCUCUGCAUCUCACCAUUUGAACUGGCCAAAAGAAGCAAUCCUCACAGAAAAAAAGAUCAAAUACAUUUUAUAAAUAUUUUAUUUUCUUUAUCAACAGGCCUUCCUACAGUUUAAUUUUCACUAACUUUGUGUGAAUCACCAGAAGUUUCUUGUCUUGAUAGUUUCUCAUCUCACUGUAAUGUAAACAGGCCUGCCAUUUCUAUUGUAUCACUCCUAAAUGGUCAAUCACCAUAUUUUUCUAACCUUUCCUUGCUAUUGUUAUAUGGUUAUUAGAAAUUAAAAGUAAUACCUGUUAUAUUUCAAAUUGAAAAAUGUGAAGUAUUCACUCACUUCUUUUGCAAAUCACUUGUAAUGAUGAACUAUUUUGUGCUAGAAAUUAUGAAUGAAGGAAGCGAAGCACUCUUCAGAUUUUUCUCUGUCUAUUCAUCUACGAACGUUUCGGGCAGAGCCCUUCUUCAGAGUGUAAUGGCGAUUGCCGUGCUGGAAAUUAUGGCUAUAACAGGCAGUGGCCUAGUAUACAGCCCACAUGAUUAAUCCCAGCCCCUGAUCACAGUCAGGAACACGUCAGGGAAAAAAAAGUUGCAUUAAGCAGACGCAAACAUUCAUAUAGGCUAUAGGCUACAUGAUGUUGAAAUUAUAUCAAAUUAAUAAUAAAAUGUGAAGAAGAUUAAGGACCACUUUGUGUGGACUGUGGAGGCCUAUGUGCGUGUGCGUGCGUGUGGCGAGUUAUAUUAGUCAUUCACCCUCCGUUACAGAAGGUGGCGAUAUGCACCAUAUGUUUGCCAAUAUAGCCAAGCCCCAGCUGUUAGCUCCACCUUUGACUAAACCGUGCAGCUGCUAGUCUACCCUCUCUGGUAACAACAAGACGUAAAAAGGGACAAUGUAAAACAUUAAGACAAUGCAAAAGUAAUAAUCAAGUUAUUUAAAAGCUGUGUCUGAUGGACACGUGGGCUCCUAUGGACCAAUUGAAGUGAGCACGAUUAGUGGAGCAACACGAAAGUUUUGGAUUGAAGAAUGCCACAGUGACCGGAAGAGAAGGCCAGACCCCAAAAGAAACCAGUUAAACGUCAAUUGUUCAUCAAUGGAGGCUCUUGAUCAGUCUGAACACUUGGCAUCGCCCCAUAAUGUGAAGAAGGAGGAAGACUGGGACAACAUGGGUAGCACAGACUCUGAGGCAGAAUUAGCCAUGCAUGUGCCCAUCAAAUUAGAGUCUGAUAUAAGUUUUUUCUAUCCGGAGCAGAAAUCACACCGAAGAGGAACUGGUUGCAGUAUUGGUAGUGCCGAAAAUGAAUAUAAUCAUUUUGACAUUAAAACUGAGAUUAAGUCAGAGCUGACCAUAGACGAGUAUGAGCCUUCAGAACUUGCCAGAUGGUUUAUGGACCCCCUAGAGGACAAUGCUACACCUAAAGAGGAAAGUGAUGUGGUCAACAUCAGCAUCAGUGAUGUUCAGGAGGAUGCAGAGGCCAGUGUGAAUAAACAGAGUCUGGAGGAAACACAGGGAGUUAAGUGUGACAGUGAAGUGCUGAUACUGACUGAACCAGAGACGUCACACCAAGAUGGACGUGUUUGCCAUGUCCUGAGAUACAGCUCCACAGCAACAAUUCCUGCAGGAGAUGUUCUCCAAGAAGAGAGUGAUGUCAGCCUCAACAGCAGUGAUGUUCAGGAGGAUGCUGAGAACAGUGAUAAUAUAGAGGGUCUGGAGGAAAUGCAGCGAGUGGAUCAUGUCGCUGAAGGGCCACAGAAGUCACACCAAGAUGGACGUGUCCUGAGAUACAGAAAACCUGAUGAACAUGCAGGGACACUCGCCAAAGGCUCCAGACAUUACAGCUCAUCUGAGAAAAGAAAACUCUGUGAGAAGGGAUCUUUCCCUUGCCCCACCUGUGGAAAAGUGUUCACAUGGAACAGCAACUUGGCCAAGCAUAAACUCCUGCACACGGGAGAGAGGCCUUAUGUGUGCCGUCUGUGUGGAAAGGCGUGCUCUCGCUCAGACCACCUCAGCAUACAUAUGAGAAUCCACAACAGCGCCACGGCAGAGAAGAAGAGCGCCGCAAAGGUGCACACGUGCAGCAAGUGCGGGAAGAGCUUUCCUAGAUCUGACGCGCUGCGAUUCCACCUGAGAAGGCACGAGGAGGAGAGGCCCUUCACCUGCGACAUCUGCCACAAGAGCUUUAAAGUGCAACACGACCUCAUUGGUCACCAGAGGAUCCAUUCAGGCCUGAAGCCACAUGUGUGUGCGGUGUGUCAACAGGGUUUUCUCAAAGCGAACACUUUGCGGAAACACCUACUAACGCAUACUGGACAGACACCCUUCAGCUGCCCACACUGCCGAAGGAAAUAUCAAUCAAAAUGGGGACUGACCUGUCACAUGAAGAAAUGCACAGAUGAGCAACCUCUUUAUGUACCUGUAGACAUGAAACAGAAACCCCACAGCUGUCCACACUGCCCAAAAAGAUUUAGGUGGAAAAAUGAACUAAAACGUCACAUGGGGAAAAAAACGCAUUUAAAUGAGUGAUGCCAUUUUGUUGGGGUUUUUUUUACCUUGAAAAUGUUCAACGAUAACAGUAAUUAUGCUUACACGAAUGGUUAAUAAUGCAUUGUCCUGUCAUGAAUUUAGGGGAAAUUUAUCAUAUGUGUUACUGAGAGGCUCCAGCUUGAGGCAGUCCCUGAAUGGUUCUGGGUGUUCCGAAGUCAAUUUGUUUGGAAGCGCUCACCAUACAGUUUUCUCAGUCAUAGCAUGUUUGUGCCAGGGAAGCAUGAUAAACUUGGUUAAAUUAUCCUGCAGAAAGUUGGUAAUAGAUAACCUACAGGAACUAAUUAGGUAAAAGGUAGUACUGUUGAGUAUAAUAGAAACACGACUGAAGUGUACUUAGCAAGUUAAAAGUGCACUCUUACUUUUUAUGCUAAGAAAAAGUAUGGGUGCAAUAUGCUUAUUUGAGGUGUACUUGAAAUUAGAUGUAUUAAUUAAUUAAGUAAUUAAGUUGCACUCACAGAAAGUACACCUCACCAACCAUACUUUAAGUGGACUUUGAAGAUGUAUAACUAACUGAAGAUGUCUAACUAACACUGUCUUACUGUCCCAUCUGGUGUGGCGUGCAGAAGUCACUUCAGCAGUAGCAAUACAGUGCUGAUCAAGAUGAGUGAACGGCCUCUAUAAAUGUAAGAUGCAUUCUGGAUGCCUUUGGCUUUGGUUGGAUUUAACGUGAUUGUUUGCUGCAACACUGAUAUCUACUGAAGGCUAUUCUUUGCCCCUGAAUCGCCUGUUGAAGGAUUUUUUUUUGUGUUUUUUUUUUUAAUCAAAUCGCAAUGUGGAAGGUGAAAUGAUUUUUUUGUGAAAUGCAGCCAUCAUUUUAACAGAAAUAAACUUGUACUGCUGGUAUAGCCUAUAGCCUGACAGGCCAGACCAUUCAUUUUGAAUUGGGCUACUUCAUAAUUCACGAAUGAUCGAAUUACGCUGAUGGGAUCAUGAACGUCAACUGUCAGCGCGACUGUCAGCAACUGUCUCCUCCCACCCAAGCGCUCCAGGGCAUCGAGGAUUCAGACCAAAAAUGAAUUGAAGUGUGGUCUUGAAAAACAGGCUAGGUAUGGGCUACUGCCUUAUGAAAAGUCAGCCUGAUCUCCAAAAAUUCCGUGCUCCUGGACACGGAAUUGUUUUCCGUGAUGGGCACACGGAAGUGCUUUCUAUAUUCCCACAGCACUGUGUUAACUCUAUCAUUACAAAAUACAUACCAAAUGCUAAUCCUAUGCAAAAUAAUGCUAUAGCAAUUUAAAUUGUGCCCUGACCAAAACAUUCCCUAACCUUAACCUGUCAUUAAAGACAUAUUUUUGAGAAAUACCUUUUCCAGUUCGUUGAUAGGCUGUCAUUAAAGACUUAUUUUUGAGAAAUACCUUUUCCAGUUCGUUGAUAGGCUCUAACCCCUAAUCCCUAACCCUAACCUGUCAGUAAGAAAUGGUUUUUUUAGAGAAAAAAUAUUUGAAAUUAGAAAAAUCCUGAGAAAACACAAGACUGUGGAAACAUAGAGCUGUGGGAGUAUAGAGAGAGCACUUCUGUGUGUCCAUCACGGAUAACAAUCCCGUGUCCAGGAGCACGGAAAACAAUUCCGUGUCCUGGAGCACGGAAUUUUGGCAAAAUCCGUGCUCCUGGACACAGAUUUCGUGUCCUUAGCAUCCGUGUCCAGGAGCACAGAAUUUUUGGAGAUCAUGUUGCAGCCGUGCAGUUUCAUUGUAGUAUUACUGU